UCCGUCAUCUUCUCCACACAAACAAAAAAAAAAUUAAGAAUCGCCAGCUUACACAGGACCACCAGAUCCGAUCUAAUCUUCUCUUCUCCUCUGAUUCGAUUCCCUUUCUUCCCUCAAACCCUAACACUAGAAUUUCAAUCAAAAUUCUGUAAAAAUGUCAUCUGAUGAACCCACCGUCGCCGUCGAUGGCAGCACCGAACCAACAUCCGCUGAGCCGGCUGAUGAUAAGCCAGCCGCCAAACCCAGCAGAGCCAAGAAAACUAAAGAACCCAAAGCCAAAAAGGCUCCUGCCCCAAAAAAACCCCGUCAUCGUACCCCCUCCUCUCACCCUCCUUACGAAGAGAUGAUUAAGGAUGCUAUAGUGACAUUGAAGGAGAAGACAGGUUCAAGCCAGUACGCGAUUACUAAGUUUCUCGAGGAGAAACACAAGCAACUUCCCUCGAAUUUUAAGAAACUCUUGCUGUUUCAUUUGAAGAAGCUUGUGAUUUCUGAUAAGAUUGUUAAAGUAAAAGGAUCCUUCAAGCUUCCAUCGGCAAAAUCAUCGGCACCAGCUAAACCAGCUGCUGCUUCUCCGGCUAAAAAGAAGACGGCAACUGCUGCCAAGCCAAAGGCUAAAUCUAAGCCAGCUUAUUCCAAGGCGAAGGAAACUAAGUCUGCCAAGUCGACUGCUAAGUCACCAGCAAAGUCUAAAGCAGCUGCCAAGCCGAAGGCUAAGCCAAAGGCUGCAGCUGCCAAGCCGAAAGUUACCGCUAAGGCAAAACCAAAGGCUGCUCCAGCUAAGGCUAAGACCUCUGUUGCAAAGCCCAAGGCAGCUCCAGCUAAGCCUAAGGCUAAGGAGAGACCGGCUAAAGCUUCGAGGACUUCAACGAGAACAUCUCCUGGGAAGAAAGCGGCAGCAACCAAAGUCGCGCCGAAGAAGGCGGCAACCCCGAAAAAAGCCCCAGCGAAGACCGUAAAGCUGAAGAGUGUUAAGACUCCGACGAAGAAAGCAGCAGUGAAGAAAGGAAAGAAAUGAGAAAUGACAUGCUGGGAAGUUAUAGGAAGUAGUGUUUGUAGGGGUAGUUCUGUAAAUUCGGUGGUCGUUGAGGGGUGGGUUUGUAAUUUGUGUUACUUGGAAUGCCCACUUGAUAAGAAAAGCAAAUGGCAUCGGAUGUUAGGCUUUUUUUUUUCCGGCACUGCGUGGAGUUGUUAUUUAGGGAUUUGAAACAGUACUAGAUGUAAUUUUCGAAGAAAUAAUUUUAUGGUAUAAAAUUUAGAGCUUCUUGCUUUCUCA